UGUCGUAAUUCACACGUCAUAGAUUGAUUUAUUUAUGUAUGUUUUAAACAUUGAAAUAUACAGUAAUUAAACACUUGAGGAAGUGUGAGUGGAUUAUGAUUAGGCAUAUAUAUGUUGCUCGUUUCGGUUUACGUUAGAAUGCGUUGUUGAAACGCAUUCUAAGUAGUUUUAGCUGAUAUACUGUUUUAUAUCAACGCAUCGUCUGCUUGUUUACCAGUGUUUCGAGGUUAUUUCCCGCUGUCAUAAAUUAUUAAAAUCACAAUCACAGUCUCAUACAGUUUGAGUGUAAGAAAUUGUUAGAACGUAUAUAGUUUUAUUUGUUAAAAGUGAUGGUUUCUACUGCUUUGUUUACAGAUUAGCUCUACUCUUUAAAAGUAAAAGAAGUCAGUGAGGAAGCUAUUCAUACAUUUGAUUUAAAGAUAUUGUCCAUAAUGGGUGUAUUUGCUGGAAUAGCAUCUGUGUUUAUUGGUUGUUGCAGCAAUGUUGUGUUCUUGGAACUUCUAGUCAAAGAGGAUCCAGGCAGUGGAAAUUUAAUAACUUUUGCCCAAUUUGUUUUUGUUGUGGUGGAAGGAUUUAUUUUUACUAUGAAAUUUGGGACUAAGAAGCCGAAAAUUGGAAUAUUGAGCUACACAGUACUCGUUGCCAUGUUCUUCAUAGUGAACGUUUUCAACAACUAUGCUUUUGACUUCAAUGUCGCAAUGCCUCUACACAUGAUAUUUAGAGCUGGAUCACUCAUUGCAAAUAUGAUAAUGGGAAUAAUAAUUCUCAAAAAGUCAUAUGUGUUCUCAAAAUACUUCUCCGUCGGGCUGAUUACCUUGGGGAUUGUGAUUUGCACCAUUAUAUCUGGCCAGGAUGUUGUAAGUAUUUGUGCUGACACGAAACCUACAUCUGAGGUGGAAGACUUCUUUUGGUGGACAGUUGGAAUCGCGCUCUUAACAACAGCACUUUUCAUGUCUGCAAGAAUGGGAAUUUAUCAAGAAGAGCUAAACAAAAAGUAUGGAAAAAAUCCCAAGGAAGCUCUCUAUUUUACUCAUCUCUUGCCACUUCCUGCCUUUGCACUGUUGUACAACAAUAUUUACGAGCACUUCCUCAUAGCUUUACAGAGCGACCCUCUAGAUGUUCCUUAUGUGCCUAUCUAUAUGCCGAAGAUGAUCGCAUACCUCAUCGGUAACAUGGUUACACAAUAUAUGUGUAUAGGUUCUGUGUAUUACCUGACGUCGGAAUGUUCGUCGUUGACCGUAACGCUGGUCAUCACUCUGCGCAAGUUUGUUAGUCUUCUUUUCAGCAUCGUGUACUUCAAGAACUCGUUCACCAUGUGGCACUGGAUUGGAACGUUGAUGGUGUUUACGGGCACCCUCGUCUUUACAGAAGUUCCUCAAAAGUUGAUGCAGUCCACUGUAUCAACUUCUGUACAAAAGGAAAAGAAAAGUCAGUGAUUCCGUAAUUUCUACGAAUUUGUUAAAUAUUUUUGUAGUAGACUUGUUUCUAAUGUAUUUAUUUGUUAAAUACAUAGUUUUAAGUUAUUUUUGGUACAUUCAAGGUUUUAUAUCAUUUUACUCUGCUUUAGAUAAACUUGUUGACUGUUACAAAUAUUUACAUAUUUACAACUGUUGAUUUAAUUAAGGUCUGUUCGUCCACCAUGCUCUUAAAUAAUACUGAACUAUGUUAAAGUCCAUCAGGAUCGUAGCCAAUAACAGUAAUAAUAUUUUAAUUUUUUGUCACUCGAUGUAAAAUGUGUUUUUGGAUAAAAAUCUCAUCUGCAAUGCAAAAUUGUACUAAAUAUUGAAUGUUAUGGUAAAAAGAUGAAAUGUGUACAGUAAGUAAUCAUUAUGAAUGAAUUUUAAAUUAGUAAUAUAUAAAUAGUUCUAUGCAAAAUCCAUAAAAAUAAAAAUUGUUACAUGUUUAUUGAAGUAAAAAUUAAGGCAUCUAAAUUAAUUUUACAUCUUAAUUUCAAAUAAAAUAAUUUUAAACAGACAAAAAGUUCUUAUCAAAUCAGAAUGUUUAAAACAACCAAUAAAUUUAGUCUCAUUUUAAAUUUGUAGUUUAUUUAUAAUAAAAUAUUAUAAAUAUUCAUGGAUAAGUUGAUUUUAAGAUCUACAAUCCUGUUCCCAUUUUAAAUGUAGCAAGGCCUUCACUAUUUUAGGGAUGAAUUUGCUUUCAGUUCAAAUCUGUUAAAUUUGUCAGCCAAAAAGAUACGAGUAUGUGAUAUAAACUGCUCUACUAAACCAAGUUAUAGUAAGCACAGGAGAUAGACAGACCUAUUUAAACAUUUGAGACUUUGACUUUGCAUUUAUGGUAUGAGCAAAUAUGAGCACAUGGGAGGCACAAAAGUAUCUUAAUCACAUAUGAUGUUUUUGAGAUAAAAAUGUGAUGCAAACUAAAAAUCCAACAUAUUUACAAGAUAAUUUACUAUAUUGAAAUGUUGCACAUUUUUCUCUUGUCUUUGAGCAAAGGUACCUUUUAUUCAUCAGUCUGUUUUAUUACAGAUUGUGUUGUUCCCCAUCCCUUUGCUUUGAUAGCCUACUGGCCACAUUUUGUGUAAGGUUGCACUUUGCUAAGAUUGUAACUUUCUCUGCCUUUUUAGAUAAUUUCUUGAAAUCAAUUCAAUUUACAGAAGGAAUACAGUGAGCAGAGUUUGAGUCAGGAGUUGUAUAAUUGGAGAGAAAAAUUAUUUUAAAUCGUGACAUUCUUUUAUCAGACCUGUUUAAGGACUCAUAGAGGAUUUCUGGGCACAUUCCAUGGUGUGUGUUUAAUAUCAUCCAUCGACUAUUUGGUAUGGAACUGUACCUGCUGUAGCCUAUAUUAGUCUGAAAUGUAGGCUGAUUAUUUGCCACAUCAAACUUGCUCUUAUACACAAACUGAGAUUUGUAAUAUUUGAAUUAGAGGUGAUUCCUUCUGAUUUUAAAUUUAUAGUUUGUUUGACAGGUGAGAUGAAACUUUAGAUUGCUAUUCUAAAAAAGAAAGGAUACAGUUGUCAUUCCUUCUGUUGUUUUUACCUUUUAAAAUUAGGGGAUCAUGGCCUGUGUGAUUUUAUAUUGAGCUCUAAACCUCAAACUUUAAUCAGUUUGUGACACAAAUAACAUCGAUUACACACAAUAAUAAUGGAGGUGGUAAAACAUUAGCAGAAUCAAUAGUUUUGAAUUAACAAAACGUGUAAUAUUGCUCAAUUUCAUAUUUUUAUAUUAUUUUUGAACAUCAAUGAUGGACCUGUUAAUGGUCAAAUUUGUCAGUUUAUAACAUAUACUUAUUGAAACUAAUACUAGUAAUUUUACUGUUUUUCUGUCAACAUGUUUAACAACAUGCCUAACAUGCUGCAUAUUAUUGUUUAAUUUAUUAUUGUUAGUUUUAUAUCAAAAUUACAUCAAAUGACGAUGCAUCAAUAAUAUUUUUUUACACAGUUCUAUAUUAGGCCUGUAAAAAGUUCUUUUUUUUGUCAAACCUAAUCAGAGAAUUAAAUUAAGCAUUUUUCUCUCAUAAACAACUGAUAACAACUCUGUGUUGUAGAUAAGACAUUGUCUGAGAGUAGUUUCACGGAACCUAUUGAUACAACUUGUCAACAUUAUCUAAGUAGUACUUAAAUGUUUAAAAUUGAAUGGUACUAUACUAAUAUUUUUAGAUAUUGUGUAGCUAGUCAUUUGUAACUAAACCAUUAUAUUAGUUUUUGAAUACAAUAUAUUUUCUAAUAUUAAAAAAAAUCCAAAGUGUGUGUAUAUGUAUGACAUGUAUUUUGUUCAAGUCUUCCUAUUUUGACAAAAUUAAUAAUAAAUGUUUUGUUUUGUUGUAGCAUACAAUUAUUAGAAUGAACUACUGUUUUAUGAACUAAUGUAUAGUGUUUCUUCCAAACCAAGUGCACAGUGAGAAUUUGUUAUUGAAAGUCUUGAGUGAAUUCAAUCCAUAUCCAUAUAAUUUAAAGCUGUAUUGAGUAUAAUUUAGUUUAUAAAAUGAUUUUAUCACUGUUCAUUGCAUAUUUACUUUGUAGUUUAAUUCACAGAAUUUUCUGUUUGGGAACCUCAAUAUCAUGUCUCUGCCUGUCGGUACAUGCAGAACACAGAAACACAAACACACACAUUGUUAUUUGGUAGUGGUGAAGGUUGUAGUAUUUAGCAGUAAACCUAAAUAUGUAUCUUUCUCAUAUUUAGUUUAAUAAGUCAUAUUACAUUGUGUUUGAGAGCCCCACUUAUAGCUUGGUUACAAUUCAAGUUAUAUUCAGAUUUUGUGAGUAUAAACAAAUGUGUUGCACGUUGAGACCAUGAGCAUCAACUAUUGUGUUGACAGUUGCAACAAGUCAUUCCUUUGCAUACAGUUUGUGAACUUCAUGUGUACUCAAGAGCAUUGGCUACAUUUCAUGUGUUGUGUUUCAUAUCGUACUAACAUUAAUUAGGAGUAAUUUUAUAAUAGAAUAGAUUUUACAUUCCUACUGGUUAAGAUAAUAUUGUUAUUGGAAAUGUUGAUUAUUGUUAUUUUUGUUAUAAAAAAACUGUUAUUGAAUAAAUUUAAUGUUGGAUAAACUAAUUGAAUAAAAAUAAUGUUGGCAUUUCCUGUCAAAAUUUUCUUAUAAUAAGCCACUUUACACCUUAGGGUUUUGGCCUUGGAAAUAAACUAAAACCAUAUGGGAGUGAGUAUCCAGACACGGUCCAUAUGCUAAGAAUGAUAGAAUUAUUUUUAAUAGAUAAGGGUGUGCUAAAUAAAUGUUAGAAGAAGAGUUCUUGAUAAGAGCUGGACGCAAGCACUUGUUUUUAAUCCUCUCCCGUACUAAAAGCCCAAAAUGACUCUGGCUAACUGUCCGUCUCCCGUACAAGAUAUUAUACUAUGAACUAUUUCAACACUUUGAUAAAUAUACAAAUAUUUUCCUGUUCCUUUUUA